AUGUCAAUGAUUGAAGAUUAUCAAGAUUUAGAUAGUGAACUGUUGACUCGCUAUAAAUCAUUGGUUAAAACAAAGAGAGAAAAGAUCUUCAUUGCAAUCAAAGCAAAAUUUAUAUUUUACAUCUCUGUACUUUAUUUAUUAUUCAGAAUAUCAAAAACUUUUUAUUUUUAUUUUAUUGGAUGUAAAUUAAGUUCAUCGCCGUGUACCAUUCACAGGGAUGUCAGGUAUUCGAAAGAGCGUCCAAGAAAUAUUAUGGAUAUAUAUCAACCUUUGAAAACUAAGAGCGGUGGAAAUCCUGUAGUUGUAUUCAUUCAUGGUGGUUCUUGGAUGUACGGGGUCAAAACACUUCACAUUAAACUUGGAAGAUCAUUGGCAUCUCAAGGAAUAACUACGGUUUUGGCGAACUACUCUUUGUACCCAAACUUUAGUGGUGAUCAACAAGUGGAAGAGAUAGGUCAAAUCUUGGAGUAUGUCUCCAAUCAUAUUGAGAGCUAUGGUGGUGAUACCAGAAAUAUUACAUUGAUGGGACACAGUGCAGGUGGUCAUUUAAUAACACAAUAUCUCUUGACGAUUUACAACAAAAACACCAACAUUAGAGAGAGAAUCAAUAUCAAGAAUUGUAUUCCAAUGUCAGCACCACUUGAUAUGAGAGAACAAUUCAUUUUCCAAACACAGCUUGGUAAAGAACAUACCAGUAUGAUAGUUCCAUAUUGUGGUGGUGUUAAAGGAUUAAAUUAUAAAUCACCUUUAUAUUGGAUUUCAUUGGAAAAAGAUAAAUCAUUAGAACUACCAUCAAUAUACCUAAUUUAUGGAGACCAAGAUAACUUGGUUCCACCAAUUGUAAACUCUCGAUUUUUACAUCAAUUAGAAAAGAAAUGUAAAGAACACAUUCAUCUACAAGCAUUGGAAUACGAUGAUGUUGCACAUGUCGACCUAAUUACAGACAUUGAAGAUCAAGAAAAUAAUGUUUGUAAUUCCGAACCAUUCAACGAGCAUCGUGGAGCUAUCACGAGAAGACACAAGAAAUUCAUGUUGGGUGAUAUCUUGAGAAUUAUCUUAAAUUAA